UGGGCCGCCAGGGCCGCCCUCUGGACCCCGGUACCCACUGUCCACCCUCAUCCGGCGCGAGAGCUCGCCUUCCGUUCCAUUCAUCCAUGGAAUCGCAUGGAAACCGCUGAACCCCUUCUAUAGGGCCGAUCUUUUCCGUUUCAUGCACGAGAAACUGAGGCUCAGAGAAGCGAAGUGACCUGCCCGAGCUUGCACAGCAAGUCGGCUGCAGAUUCUGCCCUUCGUCCCGGCGUGGCGGACGCCGCGGGCAUGGACUAUUCGUACGACGAGGACCUGGACGAGCUGUGCCCUGUGUGCGGGGACAAGGUGUCCGGCUACCACUACGGGCUGCUCACAUGCGAGAGCUGCAAGGGCUUCUUCAAGCGCACGGUGCAGAACAACAAGCACUACACGUGCACGGAGAGCCAGAGCUGCAAGAUCGACAAGACGCAGCGCAAGCGCUGUCCCUUCUGCCGCUUCCAGAAGUGCCUGACCGUGGGGAUGCGCCUGGAAGCUGUACGUGCUGACCGCAUGCGGGGUGGCCGGAACAAGUUUGGGCCCAUGUACAAGCGAGACCGGGCCCUGAAGCAGCAGAAGAAGGCACAGAUUCGAGCCAAUGGCUUCAAGAUGGAGACAGGCCCUCCGGUGGGGGUGCCCCCACCCCCUCCUCCCCCGCCGGACUACAUGCUAACCCCCAGUCUGCAUGCGCCAGAGCCCAAGGGCCUGGCCUCUGGUCCACCUGCCGGGCCACUGGGUGACUUCGGGGCCCCAGCACUGCCCAUGGCCAUGUCUGGUGCCCACGGGCCCCUGGCUGGCUACCUCUAUCCCACCUUCCCUGGCCGGGCCAUCAAGUCCGAGUACCCGGAGCCCUACGCCAGCCCACCGCAGCCUGGGCCGCCCUAUGGCUACCCGGAGCCCUUCUCUGGAGGGCCUGGCGUGCCCGAGCUCAUCCUGCAGCUACUGCAGCUGGAGCCAGACGAGGACCAGGUGCGGGCACGCAUCCUGGGCUGCCUGCAGGAGCCCGCCAAAGGCCGCUCCGACCAGCCUGCACCCUUCAACCUCCUGUGCAGGAUGGCCGACCAGACCUUCAUCUCCAUCGUGGACUGGGCACGCAGGUGCAUGGUCUUCAAGGAGCUGGAGGUGGCCGACCAGAUGACGCUGCUGCAGAACUGCUGGAGUGAGCUGCUAGUGUUCGACCACAUCUACCGCCAGAUGCAGCACGGCAAGGAGGACAGCAUCCUGCUGGUCAUCGGGCAGGAGGUGGAGCUGAGCACGGUGGCCGCGCAGGCUGGCUCGCUGCUGCACAGCUUGGUGCUGCGGGCGCAGGAGCUCGCACUGCAGAUGCAUGCGCUGCAGCUGGACCGCCAGGAGUUCGUCUGUCUCAAGUUCCUCAUCCUCUUCAGCCUCGACGUGAAGUUCCUGAACAACCACAACCUGGUGAAGGAUGCCCAGGAGAAGGCCAACGCCGCCCUGCUGGACUACACCCUGUGCCACUAUCCGCACUGCGGGGACAAGUUCCAGCAGCUGCUGCUGUGCCUGGUGGAGGUGCGGGCGCUGAGCACGCAGGCCAAGGAGUACCUGUACCACAAGCACCUGGGCAACGAGAUGCCCCGCAACAACCUGCUCAUCGAGAUGCUGCAGGCCAAGCAGACUUGAGCCGGGGCCGGUGGGGCCGGACCGGCCGGGCAGGGGCGGGGUGCAGCCGCCCCGAGGCCCUCCAGAUGGCUUGUUUUAUUGUGCUGACCCAGGAGCCCCGCCCUGUACGUUGGCCGAUGCCCCUGUGCUCUGGGGAGCCCUGUGUUUGGGAAGUGGGUGAGGGCGGCAGGGCCUGGCUGAGUUGGGGUGGCCCCCACCGAGCCACUGGCACUUGCCUGCCACUCAAGAGUGUCCCCAGGUGGUGGCUGCUGACCACCCCCUACCCCUCCUCCUGCUCCCAGCUCCCAGUCGUCUGUCCUGGGGUCUGGAGCACAGGUCUGGGGAGGAGGUUCAGGAGUCCCUGGUGGGCCUCGAUGUCCCUUGUGUCAGAGGUCAUCCCCUCCCUUGUCCUGGAAACAGGUAGAAAGGGGUUGAAUGGCACCAACUUGGGGAGAGGGGGUCUCCAGUCCCCUCAGAGGGGCCAGGAGGAAAGUCCUCUGUUUUGCGACCUGGGGAUAACUGGGUUUCUACAAAGCUGGACAGGGCCUAGCGGGUCCCCGGGCCCUGGGAGCCUGGCUAGGACAGGAGGACCCCCUCCUCAGCCCUCUGCCCCAUUUGGCCUCGCAGAGGAGAACUUCGGCUUGUUAUCCGGAAAGAAUUUUGCUGCAAUGGUCUUUCUGUUCCCCUCCCACUGGAGGAGAAGGUCCGCACACUCGACAUUCUAGCCCCACCCACAGCCAGCCGGCCAGGCUGGUACUUACCUGCGAGGCUGCGCGAGCAGGCAGUAGGGAAGUUUUUUGCUUUGUUUUGUUUUUGAAUCUAGAUAUUCCUUGAAAGGUGUGUGUGUGUGUGUGUGGUGAGUAGGGGACAGAUUUGAGGAUUGAGGCUGGGGUUUGGGGAUUAGCACCGAGUAUAGUCCGUGCCCACCCCUGCCACAUAGCCUCAUACCAAGGACCCCACCCAUGGUGCUGGGUCACUGUUUCUGGGACCCCCUCAACUCAGUGGUCAGCAGCAUGUCCUGUGGGGGGCUCAGAGACUCUGUGGGUGGGAAUAUGGGUGACUUCGGGGAGGGUGUAUGGUUCUUCAGAUCAGGGACAUCGCUAAUAAGCCCCUCCCUUAUUGGCUCCGUCCCAUUGGGUCCCUCGCUGCAAACCCUCAUAGCUGGACCUCAACACCCUGGCCUUCUGUCCUGUGUCCUAAACGACACUUUCCAAGGCCAGGCCCCCAGGGAGAGGCCUCAGCCGUCCCCUGUCCCCUGGCUGGGCACCCACCUGUUUUGCUUUCUCAUUGCCGUUGCAGCUUGCGCCCAGUCUGCCCAGUAGGAGGUGACUGGGCAUUUCUGCCCCCGCCCUCCACCAGCCUGACUCAGUCCCCCACCCCUGCCCACUGAAGCGUGUGCCCCCACCAAAGCCAGAGACCCCAGCCCCAAACGAGAAGUGCCCUUAAGAAUCUCCCAGCCCCUGCAGCCUUGGAAUAAAUUUUGCAAUUAGUUUCCAGCUA